CAGGAGCUGCAGGAGUACGUCCUCUUCCCCCUGCGCUUCGCCCUGAAGGUGCCGGGGCCCAAGCAGGAGCGCCUGGUGCAGAGCGUGGUGCAGUGCAUCUCCUCCGUCCUGGCGGCAACGUGUGUCAAGAAGCAGGAGCUCCUGCUGGAGCUUUUUUCCGAGCUCUGUACGUGCCUCACGCCCCCCUCUAGCUCAGGCCAACCCGCCUCGCUGUCAGAGGAGUUAAAGCUGGCUGUGAUCCAGGCCCUCCACACCCUGAUGCAUUCGGCUUAUGGGGAUGUUAUCUUGUCUCUCUACCAGCCUUCCACCCUUCCUCUCUUAGGAUUUGCGGUAUCUUUACUUCUGGGCCUAGCAGAGCAAGAAAAAGCAAAGCAAAUUAAGAUCUCUGCUUUGAAGUGCUUACAGGUCCUAGUUCUGCAGUGUGACUGCCAGGAGCAUCGGCACCUGGAUGAAGACGAGGCACAGCGAUGUGGGGAUUUGUUUGCUUCUUUUCUGCCUGGGAUUUCCAUUGCUCUGUCACGGGUCGUUACUGGAGACAUCAAACAAGGUCACAAACCGACUGUUUCUUCCAUCAGACUCUUUUAUCUGGUUGUUGGCUUGGUAAUGGCUGAUGCACAGCUAGCCAGAGUCCCAAAGAAUAAAGAAAAGCUACCGGGGGAACAAAGCAGAAUAUCAGAACUAAUGGUCCAUAGAGGCCCUGACUGGAGCAAAAAUACUGCCAAAAAACUCUCUCUCCUCCUGCAUAAAAUGGUUGAAUUUUCUUCUGUUCACCCCCACUGGAAAGUGAGACUGGAGCUGGUGGAACUGGUCCACCACUUACUGAGGAACUGCAGUCAGUCGCUGGUGGACUCAUUCAGCCACCUUUUAAAGGCCUUGAUUGGGCUGGUGAAUGAUGAAAACAGCGAAGUCCAAAGCAGGUGUCACGAGGUUCUGCAGGGCAUUGCGGAGCAGAGGCUCGUAGCGCAGAACCGGGCUCUGGCCGACGUCCUCUCUGAGAACCUCCAUUCCCUUGCCACGGCUCUUCCUCGCCUGAUGAACUCUCAGGAUGACGCAGGCAAGGUUGCCACUUUGAGCUUGCUGCUCGGCUAUCUGAAGCUUCUGGGCCCCAAGAUUAACUUUGUCCUCAACUCCGUGUCACACCUCCACCGCCUGUCCCGAGCACUGAUGCAGGUUCUGGAGCUGGAUGUGACAGAUGUGAAGAUCGUGGAAGACAGACGCUGGGGCUGCGAGGGCUCCUUGCAGCACGGCUUGCGGAAAGGCGGAUGUCAGAAAAAAUACUUCCGCUUCUUCGCAGAGGAGAAGGUUUUGCAGCUCCUUCAGCAAGUUUGUCGUGUUCUUGGCUACUAUGGGAACCUCUAUUUGCUCGUGGAUCACUUCAUGGGGCUGUACAGUGAAUCGGGCACGUACCGAAAGCAGGCGGCAAUGGUCCUCAACGAGCUGAUUGCAGGAGCUGCUGGGCUGGGAGUGGAUGUCCUUCAGGAAAGGGACGUUUCCUCGAACCUGGAUGAUCUCAAAGGGUCUGUAACGUCCAUUCUCGAUGAGUACACAGACCAGGCAAACUGGUAUUUGGUCACUAGCAUUGAUACAGAAGAAAUCAAGCACGAGCGCUCCGUGCAGCAUUCAGGACUUAGUGCCCAUCCAGGAGGCGCGUGCGGCAGCAUCCUCCUGGCGUCCCCGGAGCCACACGUAACGACCCGCACCAUGAACAGCAACAUCUGGCAGAUCUGCAUCCAGCUGGAAGGCAUCGGUGUCUUUGCUGCUGUCCUCGGGAAGGAGUUCCGCUUGCUUCUGCUGUCAGGUCUCUACCCAGUGCUGGAAAAGGCCGGUGACAAGACUCUGCUCAUCAGUGAGACGGCACUGGGGACGCUGGCAGACAUAUGCGAGGCCUGCAGUUACAACUCCUUGCAGUGUUUGAUUAAUGAGAAUUCUGACUAUCUGGUGAAUGGGAUUUCCCUGAAUUUGCGCCAGCUGGCACAUCAGCCGCACGCUUCCCGCGUCCUGGACACUAUGCUGAGGCAUUCAGAUGCCAGCCUGCUGCCACUGGUGGAAGAUGUUAUCCAAGAUGUCCUGUCUGCGCUAGAUCAGUCCUACAAUAACCAGGCUUCCACUUUCCUCGGGGUCCUCCACUCAGUAAUGACAGCUUUAGCCCAGUGGUUUGGACCGUCCUGCAGUGAGGAACAACGACGAAGGCAGGCGGCCGAGUGCCAGAGCAGGACUUUGUCCCAGGGCCAGCAGGUGGUAACGAGGCAAGAAGUGGAACGAUUCUUCCUCGACUACGUGAGACAGAAGCAGAUUGCAGAGGGCAAUCUUCUUGACGCAGAGGAUGAGGAGGCAGAUGAGGUUCCUCCUCUUGCUAAGCCGGAGCCAAACAAUUCUGACACAGAAGGAGAGACUCCACUGCCAAGCCAUGCUCGACUGGCCAAAGCUGUGAUGGAGAGGUGCAUCCACUUGCUGUCUGACGGCAACCUCCGAGUGCGGCUGAAGGUCCUGGACGUGCUGGAGCUCUGCGUAACUGUGCUGCACCCUCACGGAAACCAUCUGCUUCCCAUGGCUCACCGUGUCUGGCCAGCGCUCGUCACUCGGCUGAUUAGCGACGACCCUCUGGCAGUGCUCAGAGCCUUCAAGGUGCUAUGUACCCUGGCUCAAAACUGUGGGGACUUUCUGAGACAAAGAUUCUCCAGGGAUGUUCUGCCUAAGCUGACCAGUUCCCUCCUCAGCCAAGCCCCAGCGAGCGCCAGAGCCGGGCCCGUGUACAAGCACACACUUGCCUUCAAGUUGCAGCUGGCUGUGCUGCAGGGACUGGGCUCUCUCUGUAUGAAGCUGGACAUGGGCGAGAGUGACCUGAAUAAAGUGGCAGAUGCCUGCCUGAUUUACCUCAGUGCCAAGCAGCCCAUGAAACUGCAAGAAGCUGCCCAGAGCGUUUUCCUCCACCUAAUGCACGUGGACCCUGACAGCACCUGGCUCCUCCUGAACGAGGUCUGCUGCCCGCACGCGUACGAGCCCCCUCACACCAGCCUGCGGCCCGUGAAGCUCAGCGGGAUGGGGAGGCAGCGGGACGAGUUCACCGACAACGUGCUGCUCCUGCUCGAGAGACUGCGACAACGGGAGAGCACAACGGCACACGCUGGCACGCAGGAGCCAUCUCCUCCCUGA